GAAUCGAACGAAACAAACUGCGGCAACAGCGCCGCGCACUUCGUAAAUCGUUUUAAGACUUUUUAAUACGCGAACAAAUACGUGAAGCUUGCGCGUGCGAAAUCUUCAUCCCACGAUGUCUGACAGUGAAGACGAGAUUCAGUAUGUCAAGAGAGCGAGAACCGUACACUACGGCGGUCUCGAGGAACAGGAAAGACUUCGACAGGAGUCUCGAGGAGAUUCUACGGGAUCCGAUUCCGACUCUGGAGAUGACUCGCCCGGACCGUCAGGGAAGGGUUCUGCCGAGUUCAUGGCCUUGGAAGAGGAGAAGAUGACCCGGGAAAAGAAACUUCUGUUAGACGAGCUUGAACGCAAGAAACGGGCUCGGAAACUCAAUGUACCGACCGACGAUGGUCAGGUUCGAAUGAUCCUCCGGGAUAUCGGUCAACCGAUCUGUCUCUUCGGAGAAGGACCAGCGGAUCGUCGAGAGCGUCUCCGCAGCGUCCUCGCGAAAGAUGAGACUGUCACGGCACUCAGACUUCGCCCGACAGAAGAAGAAGAGCAGGAGGCAAGAGGAGACGAAACGACAUGGUAUCAUGAAGGUCCCGAUGAGCUCAAAGCGGCCCGUGAAUGGAUACUGAGAUAUUCUAUCCCCAGAGCGAAAGAAAGGUUGGCCCGAGAACGCAAUGUCGAGAAAUCGACGGACUCCCAGAGGACCGCGAGGAAACAAAAAUUGUUCCAGAGACUCCGCGGUAUCACGAUAGCUGCGUCACAGAUCGGUGAUGAGCGACCCAUCGCCAGCUGUGAGUUCUCUCCGAACGAAGAAAUAAUCGCCACAGCUUCCUGGAGCGGGCUUUGCAAACUCUGGAAAACCUCAACUCUGGAAGAGCUGAAAGUUCUCAGGGGUCAUCAAGGUCAAGCGAGCUGUGUCACUUUUCACCCUCACGCGACGCUGAAGCAGAGUCCAACCGAACUCAAUUUAGCGUCUUGCUCCACUGAUGGGGCUAUAUGUUUGUGGAACCUCGAGAGUGAUGCGCCCGUCGAGACCAUCCGCGACAUGCAGCCUCACAGAGUCUCAAGGGUCGCCUUCCAUCCAUCGGGACGGUUCCUCGCAUGCUGCGUCUACGAUAACACCUGGAGACUCAUUGAUAUGGAGAAGAAUCUCGAGAUACUCUACCAAGAAGGGCACUCCAAGCCUGUGCAUGACAUCGCGUUCCACUGCGAUGGAUCCCUGGCUGCAACGGCGGGUCGAGACGCGUUCGGACGUUUGUGGGAUCUCCGGACCGGUCGCUGCGUGAUGUUCCUCGAAGGUCAUCUCAAAGACAUUCUGACCGCCGAUUUCGCUCCGAAUGGGUACUUGUUGUGCACCGGAGGUCAGGAUAACGCGGUGAAGAUUUGGGAUCUCAGACAGAGGAGGUGUGAAUACACCAUCCCCGCGCACACGAAUAUAGUAACCAAAGUGAAAUUCGACCGAGUAAAAGGGGAGUUUCUACUGACCGCAUCCUACGACAACACGCUGAAGCUUUGGGCCGCUCCGGACUGGACUCCUGUGCAUACCCUGAAAGGCCAUGACGGAAAGAUCAUGGGCUGUGAUUUGGAUAUGAAAGGCGAAACGAUCCUUUCGAGCUCAUUCGACCGAACCUUCAAAUUAUGGCAACAGGACGAUCUCCAGUGAACCUGCGCUGAUGGCAAAACGGAAGCGAAUCCGUCCGGGAUUCCGUCACUCUCGAAUAAACCCAUUGAAGGGCACACUCCUUCCGAAAGAUUAAAA